AUGGCCUCACCAGCUCUCCCUUCUGUAGUACCUGGCAAUGAGGCUCCAUUCUGGAGCUCUCUUGGUGCCCCAAUGGUGGAGAACGCCUCGUUCUUUGCCGCGUUCCUACACUGGCUGGCCAUAGCGCUCAAGUGGUUCUUAAGAGCUCUGCUGGUCGUCUUGGCAGUUGGCGUCAUUUUGGGCAUCGGAUCUUUGAUCUUUGGGUCUCUGCCCCUCCAACAGCUUCGCCGCGGUGGCAAACCGAAAAUUUCCACGGACGGGGAUGCACCGCCGGAAGCUGAAUUGGUUGAGUUGGAGUUUUUGGCUGAAGAGUACGAUCCUGCCCAGGAUCAAAGCUCUGACAGCGUCAUUACGGGAAGAGGCCUCAAUCUUGCUCAAACGCCAUAUACCAUCGCCCAUCACGGGACAUCCACGCAGCCUCUUACUUUGUGGCACUGGGUCCCGUGCCAAGUCCUCCUAGUACGCCGGCUUCAUAAUCGACUUUCUCCAUCCGUUCGCACAUUCAACUACGCUCAAGCACUGGUCGCAGAGAACAAGGCUUUUCCCUCAUCGUCUCCUCCAAAGAGAUGCCUUCAGCUCUGCCCGCACGAGACCUUGUCCUUCGGAAGACUACAGCACAUCCCUAGACUUCCAAAUUCCGACAAGUCAGGGAAGACUAUUGAUGCUCUCGAAUAUAGCUCCCAGCAACACGUUAGAAAUCAUGUAAAAAGCCAGGACCCUAAGGAAGAAAGAACCUAUUACGUGCCAUUUAGAAACCCGCAAGACUAG